GUCUUACUCUUUUCGUGUAAAAAAAAAUGACUUCUAAACUCUUUUCCAGACUCACUCCUUUAGCUUUUAGAUUCAGUGUAUGUUCGCCCGUCUGUCGUUCGUUGAGCUCCGGUCAGAAUUUAACGGUGGACCAUGACCGACACAACCGACGCUUCACCGUGGCUCCGGGCAGAGAGACUGGUAAGCAGACAGGGCCGGCACUGACGCUCCGAUGCUGGGGGAGAUCCUGUUCACAGGAGGAUCAUGCUGUGCUGCACUACAGGUUCACCGGGGAACAAGAAGUGGAUCUGAUGUCAACAUACGUACCUGAGAUAUUCAGGGGCCGAGGUGUUGCUGCUCUACUGUCACAGGCUGCUCUGGACUUUGUUGUUGAAGAAAACCUGAAGGCUCAUGUCUCUUGUUGGUACAUAAAGAAGUACAUCGAGGAGAACCCGGAGCAUCAUUAUAAAGAGUGUAUCCUCACCUGACUGCUGCUGCUGCCUGUCGGACCAGAUUAAACUGGCUUUCUACCUCAAACCAACACAGCCUCGUGAACUUAUCCGAACAGAAACCAGACUGGGACGUGAAGCUGCUCAAUCUGAACUCUCUCACAGCUUCAAGGUUUUGAAUGAGAGUUUGUCUACU